AUGUCUCUCAAGAAAGAUUCCCACCCCUCGUCCGCUGCUUUCGACGUCAUCAACCAGACGCUCCAGGCCAACGAAGCCGACCGCAAGGAUGCGCUCAGCAAGGCCAAGGCUAUCUUCGCUUUCAACCUGAAGAACUCCAGUGGUGAGGAGGCUGCUUGGUAUCUUGACCUCAAGAACAAGGGUGAAGUUGGACAGGGUGCCGCCCCUGCUGGCGAGAAGGCUGAUGUGACCCUCAACCUCUCCGAUGCUGACUUCAGCCAACUCGUUUCCGGCAAGGCCAACGCUCAGCGUUUGUUCAUGGGCGGCAAGCUGAAGAUUAAGGGUAAUAUUAUGAAGGCGACCAAGAUGGAGCCUAUCCUGAAGAAGGCCCAGGGUGGUGCCAAGCUGUAA